AUGAUUGAGAACUGUUCUCACUGCUGGGAAGGAGAUACUAAUCACACAAAACUGCUUACUUACCCAACAAAAGCUGAGACUCUCUUUCAAGCCAGUGUAAUGAUCUUCACAACACUCAUGGACAUAUUUGGAAACGCACUUGUUAUCCUUUCCAUUAUUCAAAACAAACAACUCAGAAAUGCUGGUAAUAUCUUUGUUAUCAGCUUAGCAGUAGCAGACCUGAUGGUAGCACUACAUCCUUACCCACUGCUUGUUGUUGCACUUUUACAAAAACAAUGGACAAUGGGAAUGUUACAAUGCCAGCUUGCUGCAAUUAUCCAGGGACUGAGUUUCAUCGGCUCCAUCUAUAACAUUAUGGCUAUUGCAAUCAAUCGGUACUGCUGUAUCUGCCAUAGCCAAGUAUAUGAUAAACUCUACAGCAUGAAAAAUACUUACUAUUUGGUCAUCUUGACAUGGGCUCUGAGUAUUGCAUUGGUUUUACCAAUGAUUUUAGUCGGAGCAUUGCAGUACGACCCUCGUGUGUAUUCCUGUACAUUUAUAUUCACAGCAAAUCCAUUUUUAACCAGUGUUCUGACAGUCCUGCAUUUUAUAAUACCACUGACAAUUGUAAUCUUUUGUUACACAAGGAUUUGGAUUCUAGUAAUUCAGGUUAAGUACCGUGUCCGACACAAGAGCAAACAGAAGUUAAAAUCCAAUGAAGUGCGACAUUUUUUGACAAUGUUUGCAGCUUUUGUGCUAUUUGCCAUCUGUUGGGGUCCAUACAGCAUUCCUUCUCUGAUUUUAGCUUUUAGUCCAAUAGGAAAGGCACCGAUAUUAUCUGACGAACUCUUUGUGGUAGGUUUCUUUAUGGCCUACUUCAACAGCUGCCUAAAUGGUAUUGUCUAUGGGAUUUGUAACCCAAAUUUCCGCCAACAGUACAAGAGUGUGUUUCUUUAUUUAUAUUCUCUCAUUUUAAAGAUUUUCUAA